AUGGUUGGACAAAGUAAAUUACUAUUUGUUGGUAAUUUUGUCAACGAUGUCAUUAUCAAUCAUCGAGGACUGACCAUUAAACGUGAUAGGUCAUUCCAUGACUUGGACGUUAGCAAAAUUAUUAAAGACUAUCAACAACAACAACAACAACAACAACAACAAACAUCUUCAACUAGUUUAGCAUCUUCAGCAUCUUUAACUGAAACAGAAACAACAGAUUUAACACAAUCAGUUGGAAUAUCGGACCGAUAUGAACAAUCUGUUAAUAUUGUUUUGGGGGGAAGUGUUACCUAUGGUUCAUUGGCUGCUAGUUCAUUUGGUGGUGCUACAAGUUACGUUGUAUCAGAGGUUGGAAGUGAUAUUAAUCAACAAUUCACAACGCUUAUCGACAAUAAUCCUCAUAUCAAUAUUGAUCAUGUCGCGCGAUCAACAGAAACCAAGACAAGUUCCUACCAAUUGGACUAUUACAACAAUCACAAAAGUAGAUCUCUUUCUCUAAAGUCAAAAGGAUCACCAAUCGAUCCUGUAGCGUGUCUCCAAUCCAUCAAUGAUAUCAAACCCGAUGCUAUCUUUUUCGUCCCUGUCUGUGCUGAAUUGGACUGUGCCUUUGUUUCCAAUAUCGUAGAGUCUAUUGUAAAUCAACCAAACCAACCACAAUCACAACUUUACAGACCAACUGUUGUAGCUUGUGAUGUUCAAGGAUUCCUUAGAACAUUUAUUGGUGAAAGAGUGUCGACUAGACCAGCACUAGAGAUGGAUAGAAUCCUUCAAGUAGUUGGUAGAUCCUUUUCAAGAUUGGGUGACAAGACUAUUAGCAUUAUCAAGGCUGAACACGGAGAAGCAGUUGCAAUACUUGGUGAUCAUGACCCAGGUACAUGUGCCAAGUUGUUGUGUGACAAAUAUGGUUUCACAGUGGCAUGUGUAACGAUGGGAGGAAAUGGUGGUUUUGUAUCUUCCAGUCAAACUGGUCAACUCUAUGUUCCAACAUUCAAACCUACACAAGUUGCAGAUGAAACUGGUUGCGGUGAUACAUUCCUCACUUGUCUUGUAUUAGAACUUCUCAGCGUGGUCUCUCAAAGAAACAAACAAUUGGCAGUUAGUACCGAUCCAUAUGACAAACUUUGUAAUCUCUAUCUAACAGGUGAGGAUAUUUUACAUUGUGUACAGGUUGGCAGUGCAGGUGCAAGCUUUUUGGUCGAACAAAUUGGUCCCAAUGGAUUUGGAGAUCGAACCAAAAUAAUAGAUCGUGUAACCAAAGGAGAGAAACAACCCAAAGUACAAUAUUUACAAUGGAACAAACCCAAAUCAAUGGUAUUAUUAUCACCAGGAACUUAUUCACAACAACAACAAUUACAACCAAAACAACAACCAAUUAAAUCUAUUACCAAUUAUUUUGUAUAA